CGCCUGUUCACGUGAACAUCUACAGCAGGGUGGAAAGAGUUGAAAUCGGUGAAAAGCUUUUAGAGAAACACAUUUUGACACAAGACAAAGGGCUGUUGGAGGUCUUUCUUCUGGCUCUUUCGCAGAAAUGGACCCUCAGGUGCCGAAAGAUAAAUAUAAUGGCGUCUGGUUGAUUUUCUUCAUGUUGGGUUUAGGCACUCUGCUGCCAUGGAAUUUCUUCAUGACCGCAACCAUGUAUUUCACCAGUCGUCUCUCAGACCCACAGCCUUUGAAUGAAGGAAACUUCUCUGUCAAUCAAACCCAAGCUGAUACACAGAGCGUUUUACAAUCCAAAUUUAAUAAUGUGAUGACAUUGUGUGCUAUGAUGCCCCUGCUGGUGUUUUCGUGUCUGAACUCAGUUCUUCAUCAGAGAAUUCCUCAGAAGUUCAGAAUAGCAGGAAGUUUGGCGGCGAUCCUGCUGCUGUUUUUAGUGACCGCAAUUCUGGUGAAAGUCGAUAUGGAACCGCUGCCUUUCUUCAGCAUCACCAUGAUCAAAAUCAUCUGCAUCAACUCGUUUGGAGCUGUCCUGCAGGGAAGUCUCUUUGGAAUGGCCGGUGUCUUACCAGCAUCAUACACGACACCCAUCAUGAGCGGCCAGGGGCUCGCAGGGACCUUCGCGGCCUUCGCAAUGAUCUGCGCCAUCGCCAGUGGUUCGGCUUUGAAGGACAGUGCGUUUGGGUACUUCAUCACAGCGUGUGUUGUUAUAGCUGUCGCAAUGGCAUCAUAUGUUGCCCUUCCAAAACUGGCGUUUUAUCAACACUAUCAGAGUAACCAGAGUAAAGCUGAUGAGGAUGAGGAGAAUAAGCUGGGCUUGAUGAAGAAAGAUCAGAAUAAACAACAACUCGGCGCCAUUGAAGAGAGCAAACAAACCACUUCAGUCUUGAGCAUCUUUAAAAAGCUCUGGGUUAUGGCUCUCUCUGUGUGUUUUGCUUUCACAAUCACCAUCGGCACAUUUCCUGCUGUUACUGUGGAUGUUAGGAGCACUAUUGCUGAUGGUGGAGCUUGGGAGAAGUAUUUCAUCCCUGUGUCCUGCUUUCUCUGCUUCAACGUGUUUGACUGGGCGGGUCGCAGUCUCACAGCUGUGUGUAUGUGGCCUGGUAAAGACAGUAAGUUACUGCCGGCUCUGUUAUUGGCUCGUGUGAUAUUUGUCCCUCUCUUCAUGCUGUGUAACGUUCAGCCGCGCUACAAUCUGCCUUUGUACUUCACACAUGACGGCUGGUUCAUCGCAUUCAUGAUCCUCUUUGCCUUUUCUAAUGGAUAUCUGGCCAGUCUCUGCAUGUGCUUUGGACCCAAGAAAGUGGAUCCGAGCGAGGCGGAGACGGCUGGAGCGAUCAUGGCCUUCUUCCUCUCGCUAGGUCUCGCUCUCGGAGCAUCUCUGUCUUUCUUGUUCCGAGGGAUCGUCUGAGUCUUCAGUUUGCACAUGAACAGAGAUUUGAGACUGUUCUCCACAUCUGAAAACAGACUGAUGGUCCAUACGAGUCCUGGAUGAAACUCAUGAACAGAUCGGCUGUUUGAGUCGCGAGGAGGAACGUCAAGGAUCUCAGAGGAUGAGACUGAUCUGACGCAGGACAGGACGCGAGUCUUAAAUCGACUUUUACCCCAAAAUGAAAAUUUUGUCAUCAUUUACUCACAAUUUUCCUUGUCAUCCUUAGGAAAAAACAUCCUAACAGCUACGGAGUAAAAGAACUAUUUUUAUUUUUGGGUGAACUAUUCUUAUGCCUCUUAUUUUUCGUAGUAGUCGAUUUUAUUCUUUUUAAGACGUAUUUGUUAUAGCACCUAACCAUCAUUUGACAUUUAUUGCACACGUCUAUUACAGCUGCCUUUAAGAUAUAUUUGUAUCAAAGCAUAUUUAAGAUGAAUAUUUUUGCAAUGCUUGUCGUUGUAUGUUUGCAUAAUCAUUUUUAAUAUAAACUUUUGUUUACUUUUAUUUUCAUAGAAGUUUUUAUGCAUGGUUGAAGCUUUCAUUUACAAAAACCACUUUUAA